AUGGACCGCUGGCAUUUGCAUGUCUACAUUGAAUUUCACAAGGCGCCCGACUGGACGUCGCUGCGUCCCUUGGCGUGGCGUCAGGUCCUCCCGAACUGUUCUCCCUGCAGAGCGCGUGGCGCCAAGUGGCGGGAGUCAGUAGACCAAGGCCAUUUUUAUUGCUGGGCCGCCAAAGUUGGCUCACUGAGAGUCCAAACAAGCGGGCACGAGCCGUGGGUGCACUACACAGUGCGCGGUGCCUGGUUGGACUCUCUCUGGUCCUCGCAGAAAUUGACACACGAUAUUUACCUGGAAUACGCGUGCAAGGUUCGCGUCGGUUUUGUCGGCCGGCUGAAGCAAGUCGAAGCAGUGCAGCUGCGCGAGCAGCAGCAAGCCUUUCAAGGGGAGAAAGCAGCCGCGGACGCGGUUCUGGAAACCUUGAAACGUCCCUUCAAGCAGCAUGUGCUGGAGUUGGUCCGGGAAUGGGCCAGUCAGUAUUCUAUGCCCUUGCUCCGUUAUAAAUUUCUAGUGCUGCGAGCCGGGUCCCGCUGUGGCAAGAGCACUCUUGCGAAGUCGUUGCAUCAAGAGCUGGCCUGGCUCAAGCCACCUUACAUACAGACUGUGCAAGAUGAUGUAUCGGCCGAUCUUCGCGGCUUCAAUCGUCGCAAACACGGAUUCUUGGUCUUCGACAACAUCAACAAUAUGUCUUUCAUACUCUCCCAACGUGCCCUUUUUCAAUCGAACGGCGACGUGCACACCCUUGGACAGAGCAAAACUGGAGUGUAUAGCUACGAUGUCUAUCUUUACAGAAUUCCAAUUGUCUUCACCGUUGAUCACGCUGCUACAUGGGAUAGCUUGGAGCCCUGGAUGGCAGAAAACAUGGUCUUGAUCGAGCUGAGCGAGCCUUGCUUUGUGGAGGUGUGA